GAAAAUGCCCGUAGCAAACGAUGAUUUCAUAUGUACUUCCGGUAAAACUCGAACAGCGAAGAAGAUUCAGGAAUGGCAUAUGCAUCGGUGUUAUUGAGCCGGGUUGUUCACCAUGACAGACUUAUACAACACUGUUUCAACAGAUGCCUUCAAACUUCAGCUAUUUAUCAGAAAAAUUUGAGAUCUGCUGUUCCCAAAACUACUGUCAAAAGAACUGUAAAGCUGUCUUAUGAGACUGCACAAUAUCCCUACCAAAUUGGAGUUACGAAAUCCUGGAAUUCCUGGCAUACAAGUAAUUUACAUGAAGAGGGAGGAGCAUCAGAUGCAGCCUUAGAGGAUGAAAUGAUCAGAAAAUUUCUUAAAGGAAUCUGGGGCAACAAACUGAUAUCAGAGUGUAUUAUAAAACGUCAAUACAAUAAAAUAACAUUGGUAUUUAUAGCCAGCGCUAUGGGAAGAAUUAAAGAAUUAAAUUUUCUUGUUGGUUUUACAGAGGAACUUUUUAGCCAUAUAUUUAAACGACCAGUGAAGAUUGAAAUGCAAACUUUUAUGCAAAAUGAUCAAACAGUUUUCAAAUGGAUUUAAUUGUGUCAGUGCUGAAUGAUAUUAAAUGUUUUACUUUCAUUAAU